UCGAUUUUAAUAAUGUCUCCUAAUUCUCUUUCUUCUUUCUCAACGGUCACUUCACUUCUCUCGUAUUUCCUUCACCUUCAUCCCAUGUUCCAGUAUCGAGAUGACUACCGAAGCCGCCACCUCAUCUUUCCAGAAAACAGUGUUGUUACAUGACUGGUGGUUGAUCAAAGCCGAGCAGGAGUUCCAAGGGAAGAAAAUUGCUGUUGCCGGCUUAACUUCUCCUGAGAAAAAACCUGUUCGUGUGUUUCACUCAGCAGCAAUUACCAAAAGAUACGAUGUUUUCACUCUUCAGACAGCUGAUGGCGUCAAUGUUCUUCUCCAAGGUUAUAUUAACAGGACACUCACUGUUGAAAAUGGGUUUUCCUCUCAGUUCAUGUUGCAACAGGUCUUUCGGCAUUUCUGUUUCGGCUUUCCUCCUGAUUGGGAAGAAUGUGGAACCAAGUUUCUGAAUAGUAACUGUGAAAGCGUGGCAGAGCCUCCGGUGUCUCAAAAUGAAUGCCGGCCUAUUUUCUUAUCAUUGCCAGUAGAUGAUGGUGUUAAUAAUUUGAAGAAUGAUGACUCAAAGAAUCUUUCACCACUAUCAAGUUGUCGUGUAAAUGAUGUAAGUUGGGUGAAAGAUAGCGUGGUGGUACCAGCAAAACCUUCUGGUCACCAUGUGGAUGUGGCACUAUCUUCGGAAAAGAUAGGCAGCAAGAAAAGCAAAACCAGGUCCUUUGGAAAGUUGAUGGCUAAAAGGUCAAGUAGUUUAGAAAGAAUCAGCAUCAAGAAUGAUGCAUCGGGGGAAUGCUCAGCACUCACGGAUUAUAAUGUGGGCAAUAUCACUAAAUCAAACUCUGACCAGACACGGUCUGUUAGAACUUCAGGUGGGGUACUGGCUGUAUCCUUGGAAGUGAGCCCGAGUUUAAAGAAAAGGAAAAGGGAAAAUGAGGGAAACAAGGAUGGACUGAAGAGUGGAAGUGAUUUCUCAAUGCCAUCUUUGCCUCAAGGCCCUCAGGCUAUGCUAAGAUGCACUGAAAAUAAUACUACACAAGGGCCGUCUCUUUCUAGAUCUCCGACUCGGGGAGAUUCUGAUAUUUUAAAUCAAUCUGAAAAAUGUCUCGUGGAAAACUCUCUGUUUUCCAGCAUGCGGUCAGGUGCGGAAGCCAAUAUCAUUAGUCCAUCCAUGGAAGAAACAGAGACAUUGGAUGCUAAUCUCAUUGAUUCUGGACAUAGGAAAAGCACUGCCUCUGUGACAAAUCUGAUAAAUUUACCGAUACAGAAAUCGGUCUCUGGACAUUCAGUGAGGUACAAAGCCAAAAGGUUGGUAUCAGUUGAAGGUAAACCGAAGAGAAAUUCAGGCACAACUCUUGAUAUAGCAGAGGCAAUGUUGAGAGCUUCAAGAAAGAUGAAUACACUGUCAGGAAAUUCAAAAAGUAAAGAGAAGAAAGAAACAAUAGCUGUUGAGAAAGGAGGUUUGUCCAUGAAGCAAGCUAGAAGGAAAGUUAUUUUUGAUGCCGAUAUUAGAGAAAUGACAACAUGUAUUCAUUCUCCAGAAUCAUUGAAUCUCAAAAGAUCCAGAUCAGGGAGACUACUUUUACCUACCCUAGAUUUCUGGCGCAACCAAAUUCCAGUUUAUGAUGAGAAUCGUAAUAUCACUGGAGUUCAAGAAGAGCUGGGUGUAGUCGAACCAUCAAGAGGGGUUGAAUCUAAGACUCAGAAGAGCAAAAGAGAGUGAAAAAAACCACAGUUUCCUUUAUCUUGGGGCAAUCAAUAAUCACCAUGGAGCAAAGCCAUUAGUUUGGGAGGGGAGGAAUGGAGAGCUUAUAGAAAGAUGGUGAUGGGAAACAAAGGGCUAAAGGAGGUAAUUGCUGUAAUGAUGAGGCCCAUGAGGGAUUAAGUUGGUCUCUUCAGAAUUGGCAUUAGCACCCAAUCUAGGAUCUUAUUUUUGUCAUAUGCGCAACCGUUUGUCAUGUUUUCCUAUCCUCGAACUGGUCUUUCACAAUAGUAGUUUUUUUUUUUUUUUUUGAAAAGAUGAUCCAAUAUAAUUCAUGGUUCCAUUUCCCCCCA